CAGUCCAAAUUCUUGUGACCGAUUGAAAACCGAAAUCAAAAAUGGUGGCCAUCGGAAUCGACCUCGGCACGACGUACUCGUGCGUGGGCGUGUUCCAGCACGGCAAGGUGGAGAUCAUCGCCAACGACCAGGGCAACCGGGUGACGCCGAGCUACGUGGCCUUUACGGAGUCGGAACGGUUGGUGGGCGAUGCGGCCAAGAACCAGGUGGCGAUGAACCCGGCCAACACGGUGUUCGACGCGAAGCGGUUGAUUGGGCGCAAAUUUGACGAUCCGGUUGUGCAGGACGAUCUGAAGAACUGGCCGUUUCGGGUGGUUGCCGGGGAGGACGGGUCGAAGCCGCGGAUUUGUGUGCAGUUUAAGGGCGAGGCGAAGGAGUUUAGCCCGGAGGAGAUUAGCUCGAUGGUGCUGGGGAAGAUGAAGGAGAUCGCCGAGGCCUACUUGGGUGGAGCGGUUCGGGAUGCCGUGGUAACGGUUCCAGCGUACUUUAACGACUCCCAGCGACAGGCCACCAAGGACGCCGGGGCUAUCGCGGGCCUAAAUGUGCUCCGGAUCAUCAACGAGCCGACGGCCGCUGCCUUAGCGUAUGGAUUGGAUAAGGACCUCAAGGGUGAACGGAACGUGCUGAUCUUCGACCUGGGCGGUGGAACGUUCGACGUGUCGGUGCUGUCCAUCGACGAGGGUUCGCUGUUUGAGGUCAAAGCCACCGCUGGGGACACUCACCUCGGAGGGGAGGAUUUUGAUAACAGGUUGGUGACAUACCUUGCGGACGAGUUCCUGAGGAAACACAAAAAGGACGCUAGGGAGAACGCGAAAGCGUUGAGAAGAUUGAGAACCGCGGCGGAGAGAGCCAAGCGGACACUCUCGUCGAGCACUGAAGCUCCCGUUGAAGUCGAAGCCCUGAUUGACGGCGUAGACUUUAACACGAAGAUCUCCCGAGCACGGUUUGAAGAGCUCUGUGCGGACCUGUUCAAGUCAACGUUGCUACCGGUUGAGAAGGCCUUAACCGACGCCAAGAUGGACAAGCGUGCCAUCCACGACGUUGUCCUAGUCGGCGGCUCAACCAGAAUCCCCAAGAUCCAAUCUCUGCUGCAGAAGUUCUUCUCCGGCAAGGCGCUCAAUCUCUCAAUCAACCCAGAUGAAGCCGUAGCUUACGGUGCAGCCGUCCAAGCUGCCAUCCUGAGCGGUAGCAAGGAUGCCAAGAUCCAAGACGUACUCCUAGUGGACGUGGCCCCACUCUCCCUGGGAAUCGAAACCGCCGGCGGCGUAAUGGCCGACAUCAUCGAUCGAAACAGCCGCAUCCCCUGCAAACAGAUGAAAACCUUCACGACGUUUGCGGACAACCAACCGGGCGUCACCAUCCAGGUUUACGAGGGCGAACGAGCCAUGACCCGGGACAACAACCUGCUCGGCAGAUUCGACCUGAUGGGCAUCCCUCCAGCCCCCCGUGGAAUCCCACAAAUUGACGUCUCUUUCGAUCUGGACGCCAACGGAAUCCUGAACGUGGGCGCCAUCGAGAAAAGCUCCGGUAAGCAGCGGACCAUCACCAUCGAGAACGACAAGGGUCGUCUGUCCCAGAAGGAGAUCGACCGCAUGCUGGCGGAUGCCGAGCGGUACAAACGGGAGGACAACCUGCAGCGGGAACGGGUCGCCGCUCGGAACAAGCUGGAGUCGUACUGCUUUAGCGUGAAAUCUGCCCUGGAUGAAUUUGGAGGCCAGCUGAGCGAUUCCGACCGGAAGAAGGCCGGCAAGCAGUGCGAUGAGACGCUCAAGUGGUUGGAGGGAAGCGAAGGGAAGGCCGGAAAGGACGACUACGAGAAGAAGUACAAGGCACUGUCGAAGGUUUGUGCGCCGAUCAUGACGAAGCUGCACCAAAAGGGGGAAGAGGCCGGCACGAGCGCCAGUGGACCAACCAUUGAGGAAGUGGAGUAAAAGGGUAUUUUUUUUAAUUGCAAAUAAAGCUUGUAAUAAAAACAGAGAUAUUUU